UUCACGAGUGUUCACCAUCUUCUUUCACUUUCACUCAGAUUAUCAUCUUUGGCUUUGCCUUUGCUUUGCUCCACUCAAUACAGAAUCUCACCUAUACACUGCAUUUUCUCACUCUACAUUAUCUACUACCAACUUUAGAAAUUUAUGCGUACAAGAUGUUGAAGCAAUCACCUAACAGAAACAUGAGGACAAAUGGCUACAAGGUUAAACAAGGUCUUAAAAUAUUUACUUUAAUAGCUGCUGCCAUUUGGUUGUUGUACCAACUCAAACACUCACAUGAAACCAAAGUACUUGGAAGGAAAGGGUUUGAGUUUUGGAUGAGAAACCCGUAUGAGUUGAUGGGUGGUGUGAAAAAGAGAAAAAGUGAUAUUGUAAUGGAAGAAGACAAUGGUUUGCAUAAUAAUAUUGUCGAUCGAGAUCGAGUAGAAGAGGAAGAACCUGGGGAAAUAGAGGAUGUGGUUGAAGAAGAAGACGAAGAACAAAAUGAAGUGAUGGAAGAAGAUAUGAUGAGCUUAUUUGAAUAUCAAGUUGAGAAAGACACACAAGUAACAACGGAAAGACAUAAGAAAGAGACUCGUGUACUGUGAACCAUCGCCACAAUCACAAGCACCAGACACGAUAUUAACAUUAAUAUAUUUAUAUAUGUAGAACUUUGAAAAUAAAAGUGAUUGAAUGUAGUUGUGUUGGUGUCAAACACUGCACACUUUUUUAAUAUGAAGUAUAACUACUACAUAAUUGAUACAUGUAUGAUUUUUAAUAUGAUUAUAAAUAGGGGUGGAAAAUGAAGAUGCUCUUUUUUAAUAUAAAGUAUAACUACUACAUAAUUGAUACAUGUAUGAUUUUUAAUAUGAUUAUAAAUAG